AUGGUUGUUAUAAAGCCAAACCACUAUCGAAUGGUUCCCGCAGCAACGCAGCCUGCAGCUGCGACUCAACCUGCAUUGCCAUCGCAGGUACCACCGCCAGCUGCUUCACAGUCGCAGGCAGAUGUAAGCAUGGACCGUGCGCCAGCUGCUUCACAGUCGCAGGAAGAUGUGGGGAUGGACCGUGCGCCAGCAGGAUCUGCGAAUGUGCGAAGGACUCAUCAGCAACCGGCCGCGGUGGGGAAUAGAAAAAGCACCCGAGUUCGACGUGCCCCCAAGCAACACAAUGACACCUUCCAUGCACGCGCCUUACGCCCGAUUGACCCCGAUCAAGCACGAAGACACAUGGAGGUCGAUGAAGGUGAGGAGAUGGUCGUGGAGCAGCAAAAGGAGGUUUCAGAGAUAUCGGAGGAAGCAACGUGUUUUGUAUAUACUGCCACGAUAUCGGAUCAUUCAUUUGGACGUGCAUUGUGCCAACCUGUGGGAAUCAACGUUUGCGUCAGGAAGGAGCAUGGAGAUCAUGGAUGCGUGGACGCUACGCCAAAUCCACGUACUGGCAGGCGAUUGGUUACAGAAGAGACAUUCAAGUGCCCUCAGUGUUAUCGCAAUGAAUCUCAACCCAUUCCGUACAUCAUAUAUGGAUACUCAGUAAGGCAAGAUUAUCUCCACCGGAACUACUUCCCCCUUCUCGCCAUCUUCUUGACUUGGAGCGGAUUUGGCAGUCCUUAUGCGUCCAACAACGUCCAGGCCAUGCUCAAGGCGCAGUUCACCGUCGAUCCAUCUAGGCUACGCAUAGCUACAAGAGCUCUCAAAUCUGGGAACAACAAUCCACGCGCCAUGGAUCCCCACUUUCAGUGGCUGGAGAGCGUGAAGUACGAAGGAAAUCUCUUACUCUUCAUCAAUACCCAUUCGGAUACCGAGACUGGUGACCUUGUCGUUUCCGGUAACCCGAAGCACGCUGGGUCUGUACCGAUUCAUGAGCUGAUAGAAAACUACAUCGGAGACCAUCAUCUGGCAGCUGCCGCACAGGCGAUCGCAUCAAUCAACUCGAAGCCUGGGGUUGGCCCAUGCACUCGUGGCCUUGUCAUCUGCACGUGUGGAGCGACUGGGAGAGUGCCCAAAAGUGCCGAGCUGUUGAAGAGUUUCGUCGAGAAUGACAUUUUUGAUUUUGUUCUCACUUUUGCAGGCGUCUAUACCAUGGACACAAUCGUUGCGCCCGCCUUGACCCGGUUCGUCGAAAAUGUGUACAUCUACGACAUGAAGAUCUGGGACGCACUUGAAAAGUCGUUCGGCGAGGAUCUUCACGCACUCAAGCAGGCGCCAGUGAUGUUGGCGUUCGCCGACAUACGUAUUGGCCCGAACAAUACUCGCGAACGUGUGGUCGAUUCACGGGUGCUCGCGUACUCGAACCUCUUGGAUGGCAGGCCUUGGGGCCUGGAUAUAUUCCGUUGCUUGAACGCAAAAUGUGGUGCCCCAUCCUACAACAUCAUCUUUCACCCUUACGGCAAAAAGUACUAUGGGAGGUACUGGUUGAACACGAACAUCAGGUAUACCUGCCUCCAGUGCCGCAUGACCGUAAACAAGAUCCCAUGUCCAAAAUGGAUCCACGCAGCUUUCUCUCAGAAUUAUGGGCGAGUCUGGUAUCAGUGGCCACUGACUGCAGCACAAUUACGCGACAUUGGUGUCACGCGAUGA